GGGGCUUACAAGCGUCAGUGUGGCUCGGACCACGGUACGGUCAAGUGCAAGUCUGGCGCCGUCAUCACUGGCGUCUCACACACACCAGUACAGCUGUCUUUCCUCCGAUAUAUAAGUGAACACCCGUGAAACAGAAAGAUGAAGGUUAUGUCAAGGGUUUUCCCCCGAAAAUUUAAGGUGAUAGUGUAAGGGUGACGCCAAGGAAAGUUGUGGCGACUUGGAAGUGACGCAUAGGAAAGGUGCCAGUGACCGAGACGUAAAUAUUACGAUUUUUCAAAUAGUUUGGUAUUGAAUUCUUUUUGCUGUAGGUUUUUAAGGUAAACUAUUUGGAAAAUAUACAGUUCUUUAUGCGGAAUCUGAUUCAUUCUCAAGAACUAUGACACUGAAAAAGAAUUCAAAGCGUUAAAUAUGAAUAUUAGGCUUCUCGGGUUUUCAAGUUGAAAAUUUUUCAGCAAGCGAUUGCAAGUUUUCAAAUCAAGGUCCUGGUACCAUUUCUAAAGGAUUUAAUAGGUUCGUUUUCCCUUGCCAAGUGUUAGUACAUUUGGCGCGGCUUACCAGGAAGGUCUCAAGACCUCUUCAAGUCUCCAAGUCUUCACUGUCAUGGAACUUAAUAGGUGCCUCCAGAGAUAAUGUUGGGUGGAAGAGGACAAAAUUGCGUGAAGACAAUUAAGAAAGAGAUGUAUUAGCAUUUGUGGACGUAGGUGAAGGAAAUGUGUUUGGUCAAAUAGAUUCCGGAAGAUAGAUAUACAAUACUUAUUUGCGUUUAAGGAAAGAAGAAAACCGAAAUAAAUCGCAUUACGUCAAAGGCGAUAGCAAGUGACAAAAUAAAACAAAAACAGUACAUUGACACAACCACACCCGUCCACACGCCAUGACCCUUACUAGAGAGCAGCGUGCCUACAGCAUCAUCCUCACCUUAGCUCUCCUCUCCCUCCCUAUCUACUAUGUCUACCACCAGGACAAUGUUGCUGCCAGAGAGCCCGUCCUGCAGGGCCACAGGUACACGCCACCGGCUCCUGACCAGAGUAACCCGAGGUCACAGUCUUACAAGAUUCUACCCACGGGCAGCUACCAGUCCCUGGAAGGCGACUCUGAGAACUCUACCUGGAAGACUAUACUCUUUUGGGACCAUUGGUUCGGAGGGGACUGGUCGAACAGGUUCGGCACGACUAGCCCCGAGGGCCUGCGUGCCGAGGGCUGCCCCUCCUGGCGCUGCCGCUUCACCUACGACCGCUUGAUGCUCCAUGGCGCUGACGCCGUCCUCUUCCGCGCGCUAGCGUACCCGUGGAAGAGUCUACCCUCCCGGAGAGUACCAGCUGGGCAGCGGUGGGUACUGGUCGACGUGGAGGCCCCGCCUGAGAAGCUGCCAGCACCCACCAAGCACUCCAGGCUGGCCAGCUCCCUCGUCAACUGGACCAUGACGUACCACUCCCAGUCAGAUGUGGUCGCCUUCAACGGGUACUUCCUAUCCCAUGACGCUACUGAAAGGUUUCCAGAUCUCGUUUUCCUCUUCAGACCUCUACGACCCAACCUGAUGUCGGAGCACGGGGAGGCUGUGAGGCGGCUGACGGAGGCUGUGGCGAGGAACGCUACCUUGAAGGAGGUGCUGGGGCCCUCCUGGCUCACCUACGUCAACAAGACUCGCGUGGUGGCCUGGAUGUCCAGCCACUGUCCUACCAGGUCCAGGAGGGAGGAGUACGUGACAGAACUCAAGCGUUACCUUCAAGUGGACACGUACGGUCGGUGCGGAGAUCUGAAGUGCGGGCCGAGGCACGUCAUGGGCGGUGAGUGCUGGGAACGGGUGCUCCAGCCUAAUUACUCCUUUUACCUGGCCAUGGAAAACGCCGUCUGCGACGACUACAUCACGGAGAAGCUUUACAACCCACUCGUCUACAACCUGGUGCCUGUCGUGUGGGGCGGAGCAAACUACAGCCGCUACUUGCCGCCUCACUCCUUCAUCGACGCCCGCCACUACCACCCCAGGGAGCUGGCUGAGCUCCUGCUUCGCCUCCACCGGGAUCCCGUCGCCUACGGCAGGUACCACAUGUGGCGGGCGUACCUGCGGCCCGUGCUGAUGGGCAGCCUGUGCGAGGUGUGUCACCUGGUCCACGCCUCCACCUCCCUCCACCACUACCAGGACCUGGCGCUCACCAGACACCGCCGGGGUCGCUGCACUGAGGUGGCCUCUCCGCUCUUCGGCUCCGUCAGUCCCGGCUCCUGGAAAGACGUCAUCGUCAGCAAUUACUCCGACGAUACCUAUGCCACUAGUCGUGUCACCUAGUGCCAUAUUUGUCUCUUGUCCAACUACGUCCAGAAUAAACUAUAUUUAUAAA